AUGAGGACGUCGCGCGUGGCUAGGGAGACCGCACGGCUCUUUGAGACUGCGGCCUCGACUUCAACACCGCUCCGGCGAUCAUCCAGAACCUCGACUUUGGCCGCGCGAUUCUCUUACAAUACCAACGCCAGCCCCAGCGCAGCUAUGACAAAGGUCGAAGAAAGCGACGUCGAAGUCGACGAUGACGUCAAACUAUCCCUUGGUUCAGAUAUUGAAGAUGCGAUCACGACAACCAGGGCGGCCAAGCGCCGGCGCACCGCGACCACCGCAGUCACCACACAAACCAUCAACUCUUCGUCUCACCGGCGAACCACCAGAGUAAAGGCAGAGCGCACGGCUGUCAAAUCUGAAGCCGGCUCCGAUUCCGACUUUCUCUCUUCCCUCUCCGACAACGAGGACAUCAAGACCGCCAUCAAGGAAGAGUCCAAGCCCGUCGUGCCCCGCGGCCGCGCUCGAAAACCAGCCCGCCGAGUCACCUCCCCGUCCGGCACGACCAACAUAACCCCACCUUCCGAUUGGGAGGAGGUUUACAACCUCGUCAAAGAGAUGCGCAUCAACGGCCCAGCCGCCAAUGCCGCGGUUGAUACAAUGGGCUGUGAGCGCCUUGCCGACCCCUCCUCUACAGUCAAAGACCGCCGCUUUCACACCCUUGUUGCGUUGAUGCUUUCCUCCCAAACCAAGGAUACCGUCAAUGCUGAAGCAAUGAAGCGUCUUCAUACCGAACUCCCGCCGUUCGAGCCUGGUGCACCAGCUGGUUUGAACCUCAAUAACAUGCUCCACUGCCCCCCUGCCGUUCUGAACGAGCUCAUUGGCAAAGUCGGCUUUCACAACAACAAGACAAAGUACCUACUUCAAACGGCGCAGAUUUUGAAGGACAAGUUCAACGGGGAUAUCCCACCUACGAUUGAGGGGUUGGUGUCACUGCCAGGUGUAGGGCCCAAGAUGGCGCACUUGUGCAUGAGUGCCGAGAAUGGAUGGAACAGAGUGGAGGGUAUUGGUGUUGAUGUUCACGUUCACCGGAUCACGAACUACUGGGGGUGGAAUGGACCUAAAGAGACCAAGACACCAGAGGAGACGAGAAUGGCGCUGCAGAGCUGGUUGCCCAAGGACAAGUGGAAGGAGAUCAACUGGUUGUUGGUUGGACUAGGGCAGAGUGUCUGCUUGCCCGUUGGGAGAAGAUGUGGAGACUGUGAGGUUGGACUGAAGGGGCUGUGCAAGGCGGCGGAUAGGAAGAAGGUGAACGAGGGAAAGAAGAGAAGGGAGGGGAUAAAGAAGGAGGAGGAGUUGGUUGAGAAGAUUGAGAUCAAAGGGGAUGAUGAGGGUGGAAUGGCGGCUAAGAGAGAGCAGCAAAGGGUGGUCAAAAUGGAGGUUGUGGAUGAGGGGAUGCCCCCGCCGCCGAGCGAUACCCAACCCGAGCCGACGCCACAACCUGAUCCCGAGUCGAACGUUGCCAUCCCCUCCGUCGAGCAGGACGUUAAGCCCAUCAUCAAGGAUGAAGAGGAUGUUGAGAUGGCGCGCAGCGUGCCUGUCAAAACUGACGGCGAUGAUCUCGAUGAAGACAUGGUCAAGAAAGAGGAGGAGGAUGCCGUCAGAAUCGAUCAGUCGAGCCACCAACCCGAGGACGUCGAAAUGAGCGAUAGCCCCGAGGUCAAAGUCGGGAUCAAGCCCGAGUCCCUAAGACGUCGUAUCCCCGCUGCGAUCCCCUCCCGAGGCCAAUCUGAAGACCCCCCGUUGGAGGAAUCCGAUGCCGAAGUCAAGGUCGAGGUAAAGCCCGAACUCCUCACACGCCGAGUCCGCAUCCCGGCUCACAUACCUUCUAGCCACGAGCCCGAGGUCAAGGUCGAAGUCAAGACUGACUUUGACAGAAGAGUCCGCAUUCCGGCUCGUGUUCCCACUGGGAACGAGUGUGAUGAUGAGCAGGCCGAGGUCAAAACCGAGAUUAAGCCUGAACCGUUUUCCCGACGAGCUCGCAUCCCUGCCCAUAUCCCAGAGCGGGAAUCAUCGCCCGAGGUUAAAGUUGAGGUGAAGACGGAACCUACUCGAAGACGGGCUAGGAUUCCGGCGCGUGUUUCUGGGAGAAGUGAGGAGGUAAAGGGCGAGUCUGAUGUUAAAGAGGAGGAUUCUUACCCCGACUUGGACUCUGAUGAAGAUGGAGAUGAGCAAAAGCCGGUCAUCAAAGAUGAGGAUCUCGGCUUUGAUGACGAUGAGCAGAAGCCAGUCAUCAAGGAUGAGGAUUCCGACUCGGGCUACGUCUUUGCCGCUCACUUUGAAGAAGAGUUGCCCUCUGUCAAGGAUGAGGACUCUGACUCGGGCUAUGGAUUUGACUCGCUUGAUGAUGAGAUCAAUUCAAUUAAGGACGAAGACUCUGGUUUUGACGAUGGUUUCGACCCGCUCUCUGAUGAAGAUGUGGUUUCCAUCAAGGAAGACUGCGAUUACGAUUCUGAUUUUGAGAUUGGGGAGAUGUUUAGAGCUGAUGCCCUUGCGUCUGACCAUGGUUCUGAUGAUGAGGAGAUUAAGGAGGAGGACUCUGACGAUGAGAUAAUGGAGGAAGGCUUCGACUACGACGACCUGAUGGAUGCCUCGGACGACAGCGAGAUAAAAUUAGAAGACUCCGACGACGACGACGAGAUCAAGGAGGAGGGAUCCAGCCGCGAGAUCAAAACUGAGGACUCUGACGACGACGAGAUAAAGGAGGAAGAGUCUGACAACAACAACAACAACAACAACAACAACACCAACAACGCCCCAUCUAUCAAGGAAGAAUACGACCGCAGCUCCGACUACGGAAACGAGCGGUCUUUCAGAGCGGAUGCUCUUGCUUCCGACUACAGCUCUAGCUCUGACGAGGAGGAUAUCACGUCGGAGUAUUCUUCUGACCACGGAUUCGACCGAGAAGACGACCUCCUCGACGAUCACAUUGAAGAUGAUGGAAACUUCCCAGAUCUACCCAACGCGACUGGCUCCCAGUCUAACCCUGCCGAUGCCGAAGAUGAACACGAACGUACCGUCUUUGAGAAUUUAACUGCCAGCAAAGAGGAGGUUCAUGGGUUACCCUUCUCAUACCAUGACCAUCGGUUGACCGUGGCGGCCGCAGCCAGGGAUCGUUACGAUUUUCUCGGGUCUUUCCCAGGGUAUUACGAGUUGGACGCGGCGACCUCGGUGAGGAUUCGGGGAGACUUGCCCAGAUUUCCGUUCUUGGACGGACAUGGCGUGCGGCCUCUGUGUGCUGAGGAUGACGGGUUGUGGGACGUGCUUGCCGGGGAGGAGGAUGACUGGCGGUUUGAGCAGGAUGGUUUUAUGGGGGGUGAUGUGCUUGAUGACUCUGUUUGGGAUGAGUUUCGUGGGGAGGACGAGGUGUUGAGGUAUGAGGAGGAGUAUUUGGGGGUGCAGAUGGUUGGGAAGUUCGAGGGGGUUUAUGUUGAGGAUGGGGUCACGGAUGCGUUUGGGCUGGGGUGUGAGGGUGGCUAG